CAGGUCAUUCAAGAUGGCGAGCUAUUUGCAGAGCACCUUUUCCGUAUUUUUGUUGGGAUUUUACAUACCACUGCUCGUCGCACAAGGAAUACCGGACUGUCGUGGUCAAAAGGCAGACAUAAUCUUUCUGCUGGAUUCUUCAACAAGUGAAGGUCAGCCAAACUUCAACCAUCAAUUAGACUUCGUGAAGAACCUGACAAAAAUCUACGAUAUCGGACCAAACAAUGUACAAAUUGGGUUAACCACGUUUUCAACACAGUCGCACCAUCAAUUCUGGUUAAAUUCUUACCAAGAUCAAACCAGUCUUCAGAAUGCAAUCGGCAACGUCCCCUACAUGUCUGGAAAUACGAACACAGGAGACGGCCUUAACUUUGUCACUACACAGGGGUUUUCGUCAGCCCAUGGCAUGCGCAAUGAUGCUACACAUAUCCUGGUGGUGAUAACAGAUGGCCAAUCUCAAGACACUACAACCACUGCUGCAAUGGCUGCCAAAGUACACCAAGCUGGUAUAGAAGUGGUGGCGAUUGGAAUAGGCAAUGGGGUGAGGAUGUCUGAGCUUCAGGCCAUCGCCAGCGACUCCAAACAUGUAUUGACAGUAGAGAGCUUCCUCGCGUUGGCUUCCAUCCAGCACAACUUGGCUUCAACAACGUGUAGCAGCUGCAAAACAUCACAGGCAGACGUUGUUUUCAUCCUGGACUCUUCUGGAAGUGAAGGAAACACUAACUUUCAAAAGGAACUCCAGUUUGUCAGCAAUUUCGUAACUAAUGUGCAUAUCGGCCCACAGAACAUUCAAGUCGGGUUGGUUACUUUUUCCGACAUAGCCCAAAAUGAAUUCUACAUGAACACCUAUCAAACUAAACGGGAUAUGAUAGCCAAGCUACAGAAUGUUUCUUACCGGGGAAGUACGACACACACCGAGCUGGGAUUACAGUAUGCUAGGCAGGACCAGUUUACAUCUAGUCAUGGAUCUCGGCCUAAUGUUAAGAAGAUUGCAGUCGUCUUGACGGAUGGACAGUCGCACAGCCAUACGUUGACACUUAGUGAGGCGACAAAACUAAAGCAAUUCGGGGUCACGAUCAUCAGUGUUGGUAUCGGUACUGCAGUAAGUGAAACUGAGAUCAACGGCAUAGCAUCAGACCUAAAUCACGUCUUCACGGUAGCAACGUUUGACGCGCUACACACCAUACAAUCAGAACUUGAAAACACAGCGUGUGGUGGCACUGUUCCUCCCCCAACUACUGUCUCUACAGAAUGUGGAUCUAAGCCUGCGGAUAUCGUUUUUGUUUUGGAUUCGUCUGGAAGUGAGGGCGCUGAUAACUUCAAUAAGCAGCUCCAAUUUAUGACAAACUUCGUCACAAAUUUCCAAAUAGGUCCACAUGAUGUUCAAUUCGGUCUAGUAACAUUUUCAAUAGACGCUAUAAACGAAUUCUACUUAAACACGUACAACAACCAACAAGACAUUUCAAACAAGUUAACCAACAUCGCCUAUGUUGGUAGUACAACACAUACAGAGCUAGGUUUACAAUAUGCCAGACAAUUUCAAUUUACUCCUACACACGGAUCACGGCACAAUGCGCAAAAAAUUGUAAUAAUUCUGACAGACGGGCAAUCAAAUAGCAAGCCUGACACAAUUCACGAGGCGAACUUGCUAAAACAAAUGGGUGUUAAGAUUAUAAGCAUUGGGAUAGGGACCGGCAUCUCACAGACAGAGCUUGAGUCUAUGGCAACAGAUCAACAACAUGUCUUCAACGUUGGCAACUUCGACGCUCUGCACACUAUUCAGUCCGAGCUAAAGAAUACUGCUUGUGGUGUAGGAAGUGGAGGAACAGCAGUUACAUCACCUGGCCCAAACUCCGUUUGUAUGGCAGAUGUAGUGUUUGCUAUAGAUGCGUCUGGAAAUGAGGGACAAUCAAAUUUCCAAAAAUCUCUCAGUUUCAUGUCGGAAGUCGUAAAUGAGUUCCCAGUUAGCCCUGGCAAUGUCCAAUUCAGCUUGGUCACAUUUGGAGCACACGCAAGCUUGGAUUUUAAACUAUCUCAGUACCAUAAUAAAGCUUCAUUAAUCAGAGCGAUACAAAGGGCGCCAUAUAUUGGAGGAUCACAAACAUCUUGGGUUGCAUUGCAUCUUGUACGUCAGUCCGUACUGACCGCUGCUGGGGGUGCAAGGGCUGGCGUCAAGUCAUUUGUCAUUCUUAUAACAAAUGGACCAUCAUCGAGUCAUUCUGCAUUUCUGAGAGAGACAGCCACUCUGAAUCAAUCUACAAAUAUGACGGGAAUAGCUAUCGGUAUAGGAAAUGGAGUUAACUCAUAUGAAUUGGAUGUCUUUGCUGCUGAUAGGCGUCAUGAAUUCCGCAUCAGUAACGCAGAUGAUUUGUCAACCCUCAAACACACCAUCCGUGAUACCAUCUGUGGAGGCACAGCACAAACACUUACCACUUCAAACCCCGCCUUAGCUACGACUCCCACAGGUAAUGGAUACAAUAAUUUGAUACUGUACGCUUUGUAUUCGCAUAGGGAAGCGUAAUUUUCUAUCACGUCAGCAAGAAGAAUUAGAAUUUAUAAUAAAAAUGUAUUCGUACUAUUUGUCGGCGAGUUUGUCUAUUGACCGUUUUUUAGCAUUAAGCCAAGUUAAGAAAUAUAAUGACAGUUUUCAUUGAAGUGUGUAAGAGUUUUGUUUUGUACAGUAUCUUGAGUAAGUCUGUACUUAUAUUAACAUAUAUGUGAUGGUGUUAUUAUUCCAGUCGGACAUUCUUUGAUAAUAAACUUUUUUCUCCU